AUGAGUAGCGAUAAAAAAAUCCUUGAUCAAUAUGAUGUUAGUGCAUUAUCAGAUGAACAAAAAAGGUACAUCUAUUACGCUGAUUCAGUUGGACAGGUAAAAAAUGGGAUUUUUUUGGAAUGCGAUUUUAAAGAUGCAGAUAAACCAGCAGUUAGCAAGUUUGGCGGUUCAGUUCCUUACUUACCAAAAGAAGUCGGUGAUAAUUUCAUUCCAAUAUGCGAAGAUUGCAACCAACAAAUGGAAGUUUUAGGACAACUAUAUAUUCCUGAUCUUCCACCAGUAGUUCAAAGAAAGUUUCCUGUUGAAUUACAAGAAUCUCUCAUAGUUUUAUUCCUAUGCGGAGACGAUUUACCAAUUGAUUCUGAAAACAUCCUCAAAUGCAGAAUUUACAGUAAAGAAGAAAUACCUAAUCUUAAGUUAGAGCCUGUGAAAACUGACAAUCCAUACAUUCAGUCUGCAAUUUUUUCAAAAUAUAUUGUUCAGCCAGUCAUUAACAGUAGCGGUUUCCCGGAUAUAACAAGAGAAUUCCCCGACCUAGACUAUUGGGAAGUACCUCAAAAACUUCGUAAUACUAAAAGUUUAUGUUAUUUUGAUGGAUUUCCAGAAUUUGUUCAAUUCCCUGAGGAACCAUCUGUCCCAGCAACAUAUAUAAUGAAUUUAGAAGGUGAUGAUCAAACAAGUUUUACAAUGAUGUGGGGAGAUGCUGGAACUGCUCAGCUAUGGAUAUCCAACGACAAGCCAUAUACAUUUUAUUUAAUUUGGCAAUGCUGUUAA